UGUACGUCUCCGGGCGAUAGGUUUGUAAACAGGCCGGCUAACUGGAGAGGUAGGAAUCUGGGGGAACGCUACACCAUCACAUAUAUAAAUGAUGGCGUGGGAAGGAGAUCACCUCUUCGAUUAUUCCUACUCAGGAUAUUUCUUGGACACAAUACCAGGCGAAUUGGAAUUACAUCAAGCUUUUGGUGACAUUGAGGAGAAUUUGAAACAGAAUGCUGUGUGUAUUGAGCAGAUUAUGAAGGAGCUGCAAUCAGAUCUUACAAAGCUAUGUAUGGGAGGAAAACUACAGAACACUGCUGACAGCUUACAGUGGUUAAGCAAUUACAAUAUUUCAUGUGUUAAACCAUUCACCACUCCAUGUGAUCAGCUGACAAACUUUCUUAAAGCACUGCUUCACUUUCUGAAGACAGAAGAAGACUCAGAAGAAAUGGUGUUGCAGCUACUCCUGGAUCUCUCUACUGAGUGUGGUGUUGUGUUUCCAUUGAAUUCAUGUGGAGCUUCAUUUCAUGUUCCUUCCAGUACUUCAGUUCAUGCUGUUGACUUCAAUGACUCUCUUGAUGCAUUGUCUGUGUGGGAUGAUGUGAAGUUACAUCUGCGUAGGUUCUUAGUGGAUAAACUUCAAAAUUGUCAAGAAAUAAAUGAUGUCCUUCCAAAUAUUCAAUUCAAAGCACAGUGUCUUCAGCAACUCCUAUUUUUGUACCCUGAAUCUGAAGUUCUAACCAAAUAUCAAAGUAUCCAGUGCAAAUCUAUACAAAAUAUGCUGAAGAAUAAUAUUUUGACCAACAUUGAAGAGAUCAGUUUCGACAAAGUGGCUCAUGGGUUUGAAAACAUGAUUCCUGCGAUGUGUACAAUGCUGAGGCAAGAUAUGUAUGCUUUACAUACACUUGUGGAGGAUUCUAAAGUACUGAAAUUUAUCAGUAAUGCAUACUUACAGAAUAUUACAGAUGAACUCAAUCUCAUUAUUGAAAAACUUUGUGAGCAACAGCUGAGGAAAAAUAUCCAAAAUUUGGUGAAGACAAGCAAAAGCUUAAACAAACAAAAAGGAGCAGUACAGUCUGUGGUUCCACAGGAAGAGACUAAGAGGGGAAGGAACUUGUGUCUUAAUGCACAUCAGCUUAGAUGCCUUUCCCAUUUGAUGAAAAUUCUCCUUCAUAUGGAAAAGCGAAUGAAGGAACUAGCUUUUGAGGUCUUUUUGGGAAACCCUUCCACACAGCAUGGUAGAAACGUUCGAGGAGUGCUAAAGAAGACCUUAGCAAACAUUGAUGGGCCUUCAGAGAUGAACAAAGCUAACAUCCAAGCCGAUCAAUUACUACUUUUGACUGAGUCUAUUCCCCUUGAAUGUGGUUGGCGAAAUGCUUUCAAGAGCCUCGGAUAUUCUGCAGCCCUUUGUAUGAAGGUGGCCAUUGAAGAUACAUGUUCAAGAUGCCUUCAACAAGAAAAAAAGCAAUAUAUAUCAAGUAAAGGCUUUUCAACAACCACUUGCCCAAUGCAAGCUACGUGGGAUCAGUGCAUGGAGGAAGAGCAACCCAAAAAAGUUGCAAAGUUUUGUUUUGACAUCAUGGAAGAACUUGACAGUUUGCUUCCAUUGGCCCUGGCAAGCAGUGAGAGCUUUCUACAGGAAAUUAGAGAAGCAUUUUUGGAUGGCUGUUCUAAAGUGGCAACAGAUCUGCUGUCUCGACUUGAAGAGAGAAGUAAAGAGGUCCCUUCCAAGGUUACAGUACAAAAUCUCUAUAUAAUCCUCUCCACCGCAAUAUUCAUCCAUAAUUCCUUAACCAAGUAUGAGCAUUUACUGAAAGAGUUCAACACAAAUAGGCUGUUAUUCUUGCCAAUUCAGCAGUAUCAAGAAUUCAUCAGAGUGAUUCAGUUUCGAGUUACCAAUUACUGCAUAACAGUCUGUGCUACAAGCAUUAUCCAAGAUGCACAGAGCCACCACUGGGAUGAUUCCAAAUCUUUCUAUGAGGGAGAGCGAUGUUCUUUCUCCAUUCAAAUGUGGCACUACUACUGUUCUGCUCUCCGUUAUGAUUUCUGGAGUGUGCUGCCCUCUAGAUUAGCCCAGGAGCUUCUAGCUGAGGUAUUGAGUGAAUCCUUAGCCAUUUUUGUUGGCAGAUACUCUCAGUCUCAUCCAACAUAUAACAGAACUUCACAGAUAAGAAUUGACAUAAUUGCCAUACUUCUGUGCACUGAGAAUCUCCUUUGGUCAGUUUGUCAUUCAGCUGAAGAACUACUUCAGCCUUCAGAGGAUAAGUCUCGCUGGAUUCUUACCAUUCAUAACCAUUGCAAUGCACUACUUGCUGUUCUUGCUAUUGUAACAUCGCCCCUGGAGAAACUAUAUGAAAUAUUCUGCAAUGGUUUCUCUGAAUAUAUCUCUGUACUGCACUUGGAACCAGUGGACAAUACAUUACUGGAAUGGUUACAUUGGAUUCAACCUUCCUGUUUUUCAAAUGCAUUGCGUGGUCUGUGUUUCAGUUCUUCGCUAUGGGAUAAAAUUGCAGUCGAACAGUACCUUAUAUUGUUGUUGUCACAACCCAACUGGAACUGGAACUUACUUCUACAAAUUCUUAUGCUUGAGGACUGCCUUAUACCUCGAAUUCUUCUGAAUAAUGCAUCUAUUGAUGAAGAAAACUUUAAUGAUGUUCAGACAAAGGGAAAAACUAAUAAGCAAUCCAAAUUGAUAGAAGCAAUCGUUAUGGUGAUGAUAUACUCCAAAUCACUGCCCAGAUGUCUCAGUAUUGUUCUUGAAGAUUAUAUGGACAAACACCAGAUGUGGAAUCAGCUGUAUUACCUAUCAGUUGCAGAUCAGUCAAAGGUGCUAAGCUGUCUAAAACUCCACAUAUCCAAAGCAAACAAGCCAACUCUAAAGCAGCUGAUCUCCUUGCUACUAAUGUGGCAAGCAGUAGAGAGUCAUGGAACAUGUCAUUAUAAACAAAUGCUUCCUGAAAGUUUGCUCAAUAAAAUUCCUAAAGAAUGGGAUUAUGUACCAACGGAAUUGAAAAGAAGAGAAUCUGGAAAAAAUUUGACGAAACUGAUGGCUCAGGCUGUUUCUGUUGUAAUUGGUAACCUACCUGCAGCAAUUGCUUCAUUGCCUUGCACAAUUAAAUACCUCUUCAACUUAGCAGGAAAGAAACUUCAUAACAAUAAUCCUGAGCUCAGAAGAUCAUGCCUUCUUUGCUAUGUUACAAUUAUUUGCCAAACUCUUGAAGACGGAAAUGCCAUAGAGCUUUUGACAAGUGUUACAAUAGAUAAAUGGAUAAAAGAUAAACUGAGUUUGUUGAGUGAUUGCCUUCAGAGCAUUAUGGGGCAGCAAAAGGAAAAUUCCAAACCUAUAAUACACAAGGUUAUCAAUUCUCUGGAAAAACAGAAACCUAAAUGGAUUGAAUCCCAGCUACAAAAAGCAGGAGAAUUGUGCACAGAACAUACAUAUCCCACAGCCGAAAGUUCCUCUGCAAACGAGAAAAGCAGGUUUUCUGAAUUAACUGAGCGGAAAAUAAGCAUGAUGCUUCUGGAUGUCUGCCACCAGCCGGGUGGCAGUGAAUACCUGAGGCAAAUUUAUCACAUCAUCCAACUCAAUGAGGAUCAGAUAAAGGAACAAAUUUAUGCUCAGCGGUUUUCUGAUGAGAAAGAAUCCCCGCAGAUACCUUGGCAACUUAGGAUGCAUGAUUUUCAGCAACCUUUGAUAUUUAACCCUCUGCAUGCUUUUAACCAUAUUGGCACCAAGAGCUUCAACCAGUCAGCUAUAACUGAGUGGAACUGGGAUUGGUCAAAAGUGCUGCAUUGUAAUCUAGGACUGAGUCAAUUGACCUUCAGGGCACUGCUAGCAAACAGAUGGGAAAUGCAAGCUGACAGAACUCUUGAUGCCAAAGAACAGGAUAUGGUAGAUAACCUGCGAAAGCUGUAUUUUCACAAGGACUGCCAAAUUUAGGGUAGCAAUAUAAGUAGUUCAGUUUUGCUGCUUUGCUUUUUGUCCAACUGAAUGGUUAAAUGUUUUAUCAAAAAAAAUGCAGCAGUGGAAGAACAUGAACAGUAACUAAACAUGUCUUAUGUUCUGAGGAAGUUGUCCAUUAGUUGUAUUGUCAAAAUAUGCAGUUUGAUGUGUUAAUUUAGAUUCACAUUGAAUUCUGACGAAAGUAGUUGAACUUUAAUACAUUUAAGUUUUACAUGUCUUUAUGUUUGGUUGGAAUUAAAUGCCUGUCUGAUCGCUUAAAAGAUGCACAACUGAACUACACAGAACAGGAAUUUCCCCAGUUUAUUUAAAGUCUACAUUAGUUCGCUGAUCUUCACCAACAAGAUAAUGCCAGUUUUAGACUUAGUAUCAUACCCACUGGAAGAGAAACAACAGUCACUAUGUCUGCUCCUGAUCAUUAGUGGCCCCUGCUGGAAAUGCAUGUUUGUGAAUAUUGAAUGAGGAUAGAUACUGUACUUUCCAUGUCUUUAUAAUAAAUCAAUCUGCAUCUUGAUGUUAGAAUUGACUUGUAUGUUUUUAAACAAGUGUGUUUUCUUAAAGGUUGUUUUAAAUAAUCC